CCACAUCCGAACAGAUCUACAAAAGUGGACGAAAACAUGGUUUUGCAGUACGGCCAAUUGUUACCUUUAACAAAAAGCGUUAUGAAAGCCAUGGCAAAACAAUGGAAAGGGCACUGGAACAGAUUGAACAACAAGGCCCACUUAUCAAUGCAUGGAACACUUUUGCACCUGAGGUUGAAGUAGAUCGUUUGGAGUGUGUGGCCCAACGACAAUCCAGACAUGACACUGACGAAAAUGAAAUGGACAUUGUUCCAGACUACCAAGUCAGUGGUAGCAGCAGUGGAACCAUGCCAGCAAUCAUAGCACCAAAGCUGAGCCCAGACUUUGUCAGAAAAAUGUACCAAAGUCUGAAUGAAACCCAAGCAUCCAUAUUCUACGCAGUGCGUGAGUGGUGUUUCAAACUUGUGUGGGGUCACUGUCCUGAGCAGUUCUUUUAUUUUGUCUCUGGAGGAGCUGGCUGUGGAAAAUCACAUGUUAUCAAGUGCAUAUAUGAGGAGGCAACAAAGAUUUUGAACCAACUCCCCAGAUUCCGUGACCAAGCAGACAUGUCCUACCCUGCAGUACUGCUGACUGCAUUUACUGGCACUGCAGCUUUUAACAUAUCUGGGAAAACACUGCACUCUCUGCUAAAGCUGCCAAAAUCUUUAAAACCGCCGUAUCAGGGACUGGGGAAUGCACUGGAUGAAGUGAGAGCUUCACUUUCAAAUGCAGAGAUUCUGGUCAUUGAUAUCUAUGGUUUCUAAAGACCUUUUUGCCUACAUCCACUGGAGACUUCAGCAGAUCAAAGGAAACAAGAAGCCUUUUGGUGGGAUGUCUAUCCUUGCAGUAGGAGACCUUUACCAGCUGCCACCCCUUGGAAAAGCCAAACCACUCUGUGUGUACGAGGACAAUGUCCUUGAUCUCUGGAAAGACUAUUUCCACAUGGUCAACCUGACAGAAAUCAUGCGACAGAAAGAUGAUCAUUCUUUUGCUGAAGUUCUGAACAGGAUAAGAGUGAAGCAAAAAACAGAUUCUCUUGAAGCCAAUGACAAAGCCUUGAUCACACAGGCUAUCCAUGACAUAAAAGACUGUCCAUCUAAUGUAUUACACAUUUAUGCUACAAACAAAGAGGUCGACAAACACAAUUCAGCAACUGUAACUGCUCUUCAUUCUGAUAUCAUAAAUAUUCAGGCCGAAGACUACAGAAAAGACCCACGAACGGGUGAGAUGGUCCUCCUGGCAGAUAUGAUGAAAGGCAACAAAAGAGAUUUACCUGAUAACAUACAAGCUGCACCUGGAGUGAGUGUUAUGAUUAUUAGAAAUUUGGAUGUGAAGAUGGGCUUGUUAAUGGGACAUUUGGAACAAUCACGAACAUUGUGACAACCACACAGGAUGGACCAAAAACUGUGAAUCUCAUUGGACUUACGCUGGACAAUCAAAAUUCUGGGCAAAAAUUUCGCAGAAAAAUACAAGGAUCCUCAGACAACCUGGUAUAUAUUGAGAAAUGUGAAGAAUCUACAAGUAAAAAAGGAGUUCUUCGCAGGCAAUUUCCAAUGAAGUUGGCCUUUGCAUGUACAGCUCACAAAGUACAAGGCAUGACAAUGGAGUCAGCAGUAGUAUGUUUGAAGCGUGUUUUUGAACCUGGAAUGGCCUAUGUUGCACUCAGCCGCACAACCUCACUUAAAGGACUGUACAUCACAGACUUUGAUGAAAGGAAAAUCUAUGCUGAUCCUGCCAUCACAGAUGCACUCAAAAAUAUGAGACAUGCAUCAUUUGAGAAUGAGAGACCACUGUUGCAAUUCUUAAAAUCAGUUGUUCCCAUAGUCCCCACGUUGACAAUUAUCCAUCACAAUGCACAAGGUCUCCCAACUCACAUGGAGGACAUGAGAUGCCACCAUGAACUCAGCCUUGCUGAUGUUUUAUGCAUAACAGAAACUCACUUGUCUGGAUCAUCAGUUUCUCCCCGCUUCCAGCUGGAACAGUACAACAUGGCCACACACAACAGACACGUCUCUUACACAAACCAUACAGACAUGGCAAAGGUAAAUGGCGGUGGAGUUGCAAUGUACUACAAAACAGUUCUUACAGCAGAGUCUCGAAAAUACCUGCAAAAUGUGACUGAUCUUGAAUUUGUUGUUAUCAAGGUUGAAUCACCAGUCACAGCUUUGAUAGCAACUGUAUACAGGCCACCAAAUUACAGCCACAUGAGGUUUUUACCACAAAUGCAAUGUCUUUUGGACUCAUUGGAAAUGAUGAAUUGCCAACCAAUUAUUGUUUGUGGAGACUUCAAUGAGGACCUUAUGAGCAGAGGAAAAAAACCCAUCCAAGAACUGUUUCAGUCAAGAGGAUAUGCACAACUUAUUACUGCUGCAACCACAGAAAAACACACAUUGAUUGAUCACCUUUACAUAUCACAGCCAUACGCCUGCCUCCAAUCAGGUGUUCUGAAUACAUAUCACAGUUAUCACAACCCCAUUUAUUGUGUAAUUCACUAACACAAAAUGACUGCAAGGUUGUGAGGGAUAUGGACUUGCCAAGUGAUCUUAGUGUCUUUGCAACUGAGCACACUCUACCAGCAACACUGACAGCUCACCAGUGGGAGCUGAUAGAUAAGACUGCUCUCAUCCAUUGAAGAGCUGACCAGAAACAUGAACAGAAAGACUGCAACUGCACCUGAUGGGAUCCCUGCCAUAACAGAUGUGUUCUGUCCAGUGAAGGCAGUGGAGAAGCCCUACACUAAUCCUGAAACUGUGCCACGCUACUAGAAACCGGCUACAAGGAUGGGCAGCUGUUUUCGCAAAGUCAGCCAACCUCUUGCUUCCAAAUGACCCUUAUCCAGAAGUAUCCGUGAGUGCCUCAUCAACAGAAACUAAAGUGGAGACCUACCUCUCAGAGAAAAACGCACACAUAAGAAAAGCCGACCCACUUCAGUACUGGGAAGAACAUCCUAAUCUGUUUCCCUCUAUGGCUGCUGUUGCGA